UCGCAAACGCGUCCGAUCUAGUGUGAAUCGAUCCGGACGGCCACUUACUAGCGACAAUCUUGAUCUACGGAAAUCUUGGUUCACGACAAUAUAGAUUAAUUAUCGCCGCUACGCAAUGCGAUGGCGGUCCGCGCGCAAGACUUCGCUGUCGCAUGGAUCGCCGCUCUUUCGCACGAGCGUGCCGCCGCCGAAGCUAUGUUCGAUGAAGAAUUCGACGAUCCACCCGAUGACUUCGCAAAGAGCAGCGGCGAUGUGAAUGCGUACUCGUGGGGUCGUAUCGGCAAGCACUACGUCGUAGUGGUCUCGCUACCUGCCGGUGAAUAUGGCCUGGCGCCGGCGGCCACAAUCGCGCAAGCGCUGCGUUCGUCACUGCCGCAUAUCCGGGUCGGUCUGCUCGUAGGCAUCGGUGCCGGCGUGCCCGGCGAAUUUGUCAACCCCGAUGGCACGAUCACCGUGCAGCGCGACAUCCGGUUAGGCGACGUGGUUGUGAGUGAGCCGAGCGGCACGAGCGGCGGAGUCGUCCAGAUGGAUCUGGUAAAGAUGAGCGAGAGCGACGGCAAGCUAGUUCCUCGGCGCAUAGGCUCUCUAGAUCGUCCUCCUAUGGCACUACGGACGGCACUUAGCAAAAUGAAGGCGCGCCACGAGCGCAAAGGGUCGUCGAUACCGUUCAUUAUCGAAAAAGCGCUACGCGAAAACGUCAAAAUGCAAACACCCUAUGCGCAUCCUGGGCUGAAGUCUGUUCCUCCGGCUCGAGAUCUCUACUACUUCAGCAGCGGCGAGUUUGUUGAGCUAGACUUUCGCGAAGAGCCUACGAUUCACUAUGGAGUGAUCGGAUCGAGCAAUCAGCUUGUCAAGUCAGCAGCGCAUCGCGACCAGCUUGUCGAAGGGCUAACCGCUGAUGGCCACGAUCCGCUCUGCCUCGAAAUGGAGGCGGCGGGGCUAAUGAACAGCUUCCCAUGUCUUGUGAUCCGUGGCAUCUGCGACUAUGCUGAUAAGCAUAAGAACGACGAUUGGCAGAGAUAUGCGGCGAUCGUUGCGGCAGCACUAGCGAAAGAUUACUUGAGCUUCGUCCAGCCAGUUGAGGUGCAGCAGGCAGCUCCACUCCGCGAAGUGCUACAGACGCUACAACAAAUGCAAGAAGGUAUAAAUGACGUCUCGGCGAAUGUUCAUAAAUGGAACAGAAUUUCUGAAAUUCGAGAGUUGAGCAGCGAGCAACGUAGAAUCAGGAAGUGGAUCAACGCCUCCGAUCCUUCUACCGACCUGGACCAAGCACGAAAAACACAUCUAAAGGGCUCAGGUCAAUGGUUUCUUGCCGGCCCUGCAUUUGCGUCCUGGAAGACUGCUUCGAAAGCAAUGUUGUGGCUGUACGGCAUCCCUGGAUGUGGAAAGACUAUUCUCAGCUCCUCAGUGAUUGCGGCACUGCAAGCAGACGCGAACCAGGAACGUGGCAUGAACAGUGCACUUGCAUUCUUUUUCUUCAGCUUCAGCGAUGUUGAGAAACAGACGGCGGACCAGUGUGUGCGUUCUCUUAUUAUUCAGCUUAGCGAGCAAGUCCUCUCUAGAUUAGACGACGUUUCGAAACUCUUCCAGGCGAACAACGACGGUGCAAAGCAGCCGACAUGGGACGACUUGAUUCGCACACUUCAUACGCUACUCACAAGAUUUCAAUACGUCCGUAUUGUGCUCGACGCGUUAGACGAAUGCAAUGCUCGACAGCCAUUGCUCCAAAUGCUUGCUAAUCUUGCCAACGUAGACAAUGUACAGACGAUCGUAACAAGCCGCGACGAGGCUGACAUCAGAGAAGCAUUGAGCGCUCAGAUAUCGCCAGAAAGUGUUAUCGUGUUGCGGUCCGCCGUAGUGAAUGAGGACAUUCGGAGCUACGUUUCGCAUCGCCUUCAGAGUGGAAAGGACUUCCAGCGGUGGCGGAACCAUUCUACGAUCCAAGAUGAGAUUAAGGAAGCGCUUAUAGAUAAGGCCGAUGGGAUGUUCCGUUUGGUACAGUGUCAACUCGAUCAAAUUGCGCUGUGUAUAACACUUCCAAUGUUAAGAGAGGCAUUAAAGGAGCUUCCAGAUGAUUUGUCCGACAUGUACAGCCGCAUAGUCGAUCAAAUUCCUCCACAAUAUCGAAAGACUACUAUACGAUUAUUGCAGUUCCUCGCUCUCUCCGAAAGGCCACUUAGACUCGACGAGGCGAUCGAUGCGAUUGCCGUGGCUAUAGAGCCGACGCCGCGCUUCGACCUACAAGACCGGAUGGGCGAUCUCGGAGACAUUCGUAGGCUUUGCUCUAGCCUGAUCGUAUUACGAGACGAGUAUGCGGCUAAGAGAGGCACAGACGAGGGCUUGCUAGAAGACAGAAAGCACUCCAUUCCACCGAACGAAAUCUCGGUCCAGCUCUCGCACUUCUCUGUGAAGGAGUAUCUCUUAUCUUCUGAUGUGCACAAAGAACGGAGUCAGUUCGCUCCUCACGUUGCUAACGCUGAGGUCGCCAAAGUGUCACUAGCCUACCUAACGAACCUGGACCAAAAUCUCACGACAGCUCAAAUCGUGCAGCGGUAUCCCCUCAGCGCGUUUGCAGCACGCUACUGGACAUGCUUUUGUGUGAAGGCUGGCCCUAAUGACGACUUGUUGAACAAACUAAGCAUUCAGGUUCUAGGAUACGGAUCGAAAGUCUACUGUACCUGGUUACAUCUGUACGAUCCCGACGCAGUUUGGAACAACGAGCCGUGGAAAGAUCAGGAGGAAUGCAGAAGGAGGACAGUAAUAAAUCCGCUCUACUUUGCGGCAACGACAGGACUACUGCCAGCACUUCAAUAUAUCCUUGAAAGAGGAGGCGACGUCAACGCGCAGGGAGGCUACUACGGCAACGCCCUCCAGGCUGCAUCAUUGGGCGGUCACGCCGAGGUCGUCCGGCUGCUGCUCGACAAGGGCGCCGACGUUAACGCGCAGGGAGAGGUCGUCCAGCUGCUCCUCGACGAGGGCGCCGAGGUCAACGCGCAGGGAGGCUUGUACGGCAACGCCCUCCAGGCUGCAUCAGUUGACGGUCACGCAGAAAUCGUCGGGCUGCUGCUCGACAAGGGGCGCCGAGGUCAACGCGCAGGGAGGCUUGUACGGCAACGCCCUCCAGGCUGCAUCAGUUGACGGUCACGCAGAAAUCGUCGGGCUGCUGCUCGACAAGGGCGCCGACAUCAACGCGCAGGGAGGCAAGUACGGCAACGCCCUAUCCAAAAUUGGCCAA